AAGAGAUUCUUGCGGCUCACCACCACCCUGUGCCCAAUUGAUUCUGCUGGACGGAGCUCAUUCCUCUCUUCCUUCCACAAGGUGAAGGAGACUGUUACAGCAGUGCAGAGGACGCCACAACAAGAGAGAGAGGGAAUCAGAGGGGAGAAGGGAAGAGAGAGAAGAGGCUGCCACGAUGGGCACACCUCUGAGGAGGAAAGCCCUGGCGUCUGAGAUGGCUGAGGCUGAGCUACACAAGGAACGGCUUCAGGCUCUGGCGGAGAAGCGUAAAAGGCAAGCAGAGAUUGAAGAUAAGAGAAGACAGUUGGAUGACCUUGUUCUGCAACUUCAGCAUCUCAAAUCCAAAGCCAUGAGGGAGAGAUGGCUUCUUCAAGGGACUCCGACAGGGCCCUCAAGGAACAUGAAGGUGCGCAGGAAACAGGUUGAGCAGGAUGAGUUACAUGUAAAGAAACUAGAAGACUCCAUUCACAGAUUGGAAUCAGAGAUUGGUCUGUUGGAGAAUGAAGAAUCACAAAUAUCAGCUAAAGAGCAAGUGCUGAGAGAAAGACUACGUGAAACAGAGCACUCUAUUGAAGAUCUACAGAAAAGUCUGCAGAACCAGGAUAGAGAUUCAGUGAACUACAUCUGUUCUCAGAUCCCCAACCUCCCAGAGCUGAACUCUCAAACUCUAGCCACAGCUUCUAGAGAUCACCAGCUCCCAAGUAAACCUGCGGUAUACGCCAUGAAGAUCAGUGUUGAAAAGGACCAGAAGACAGGUGACACCAAGAUCCUAUCUGCCUUGCCUGUUAACCCUGAGGACGCCCACCAGCAGGGCAUUAAGGUCUACGAUGAUGGGCACAAGAUAGUCUACGAGGUGCGAUCAGGCAGCUCCACCAUGGUGGAGAACGGUGUGCACUCAUGGAGCUCCGACGAGGUGGAGGAGCUUAUGCAGCGCAUGGGCCACACCCACCCAUGGCCCGAUGGCACCCAAGUAAUCAAGGGGCCAGUCAGGCCUGAGGCUGCAGACAGAGUCAGGGAGGAGGCAGUGUACAGGGAGGUGGGGCUGACAGCAGCAAGAAGGGAGCAGGGCAUUGCUCCACACCCUGGCCACGCCCCACAAAACUACGAAGGGGAGGUGAGGGAGAUGCCUGCAGCCACAGUUGAUAAGCCCGUCACCAUGAUUUUCAUGGGCUACCACAGUGUGGAGAAUGAGGAGGAUACCAAGAAGUUGCUGGGCUUUGACGGCACGAUCAAGGCCGAGAUUGUGCUCAUUGACGAGGAUGACGAGAAGUCCCUACGUGAGAAGACCGUCACGGACAUCUCAACGGUGGAUGGCAAUGCUGCCGACCUGGUCUCUGGCCGGCCUCUGUCUGAAGCCACUGAACUGUCCUCUGAGGGCAAGGAUGAAAGCUCAGCCAAGGAGACCCUGCCUGCAGGCAGUGAGAAGGCUCGGUGUGUGCUGCUGACCACAGAGAGUGGCCUGUUCCCAGGAGCUGCAGCGAGGCCCAUGCACAGCCCGAAAUCCUCCAGGCUAUCAGAUGAUGACAGCGGACUGAAGAGCCAGAAGAGCCUAAAGAGUGUUGGUUUCUUAGACUCAGUCAGUGUGAUCUCUAGAGGCAAGACCAACAUGGAGUUUGAGGCCCAUAGUGAAAGCCAACAUAACCACACACCUAAUGGCCAGACUGGUGUGAAGCACAGAGGAGAGACGUUGGACAGUGAAGUUGCCCAAGAAAUCCGAUACCUUGAUGAGGUGCUUGAGGCCAACUGUUGUGACCCUGGAGCUGAGAUGACUUCAAAUGGGACAUGUUCUCAUGAAUUACAGGCAAUCAAUUUAGAUGGAACUGGGCCAUCUGUUUGUGAUUUUGAUGUGUCAGCAUCAGUUAAUCAGGAGGUAGCUGUAGAAGGAGAAAAACAAACCACCUAUUUUGAGGACAGUUUGAAUAAUACCAAACCAAAUGGCCAUUCAGGAAUGAUGAAUGACAAUUGUAACAGGUCACCUGAGAAAGGCACAACAACAAUCAAGAAAGAGGCCCAGUUUGAGCUUCGGGCUUUUCAUGAAGACAGAAAGCCAUCUAAGCUCUUUGACAUGCCAAAAGAGAAAGAAGUCAGGGUUAAGAAAGUAAGACCAUCAGAGGAGAUUGUAGAGCUAGAGAGGGAGCGCUUGGAACUCAUUCGAGAUCAAGCAGUCAAGAAAAAUCCAGGGAUUGCAGCAAAAUGGUGGAACCCACCCCAGGAAAAGGUAUUGGAAGAUGAGCUUGAACCUGAACAGCUGGAGUCACUCAGAAGGUAUGAGGAGAGGAAGCAAAGGAGACCUGAAGCUAAUCAAGUACCACAAUCCUCCUCUCAGCAAAUCAUCUCCUUUGUCCAUACCAACAUGGGAAAUAAAGAUGACAUUGUGGUCCAGGGCAUUGAUUUUUCUGCAGCACGUCAACAGUUUCUGCACACUGAACACAGUAAGCAACAUCAGCCACAGCAAGCCACCAAAAGAAGUGUGGCUCCCCAGAUUUACUCUGCCAAACCUUUCUCCAGGGCCUCAGAUGUUGACAGGGCAACAACUGCUAGUCACAUCAUAGCCUCCAUGGAGGACAGAGGCGAAAUGAACCAUGUGAAAACUGAAAGGGUUUCAUGCAGCUCUGGAGAUUCCCCCACAAACACCAAGGCUGACUCUGAAGUACAAAAUGAUGAUUUUACCUGUGCCCAAGCAGUGAUGACCAUCCUUAAAGAUGAGGACUCUGAGUUGUACCAGCGAUCUAUGAACAGUUUGUAUCAUCCCGAGGAGAUUGACUCUGGACUGGAUGACCUGUCCCUCAGGUCUCAGGACACCACUAUGCUUGAGACUCUGUCCAAUGACUUCAGCAUGGACAAUAUAAGUGAAAGUGGUGCCUCCAAAGAGACUAUGAGUGCCUUCCUGGAGAACUCCCUGGGUGACUGCUCUUUUCCCUCUACUCCUAUGGCCACAACACCUAUCAUCAGAAAUCUGGAAAUUAGCACCAACUCACCAGUUGAGCAGAACUCCUCCUUUCAGGGUGACAGCCUGACAGAGGAGGAACUGGAAUAUCAUGCAGGUAUCCUGGUUCAAAAUGCCAUCCAGCAAGCUAUUGCACAUCAGAAUGACAAAUGGGAACCACUCCAGGCCAUGUGCCAGUCUUCCCCAUUCCAGGACAGCCACAUGGAGAAUUUCAAACCUACACAAGCCACACCUGAGGAGAAAUGGCCAAAGAUGUCCCCUCCUAAAGAGCCCACCCCUGCAGAAGAAAAGAAAGCAAUAGCUCCUAAAAUAACCAUAGAUGUGCCUUCAGUCCAAGCCACUACAGUUAUUCCAGCAAACACUUACAGGCCUCCAAGUCUUUCCUCCUCACCAAGUGAAAAGCCAGAGUUUAGCUAUUUCAGAAAGUACUCAGAGGCAGCAGAGCUCAGAAGCACAGCUUCUGUGACCUGUGGCCAGGACAUGGAGGUCACCUCAGGGCCUUUCAGGUUGCGCUCACGCAAGCAGAGGACUCUGUCCAUGAUUGAGGAGGAGAUUCGAGCAGCCCAAGAGCGAGAAGAAGAGCUUCGGAGGGAGCGGCUGGUGCAGAGCUCACGUCCCAACCCCAAUCCCAUUCACAAGCAGAAGAGCAAUAGCCUUCCAUCCAAACUAGUACUUUCUGCAAAGACAGUCCCAGGUAAAAUUGAGAAGAUCCGCACCAUCCCCCCAGUGUCCCCUGCCUCCUCAGAAGGUGCCCUCCCCUCCCCCCUUUCUGAUCUGGGGAGCGAUGACUCAGGUGGGAGCCAGCGCCCAAAGAACUUCAUGCAGACCCUGAUGGAAGAUUAUGAAACUCACAAAGUCAAGCGUCGGGAGAAGGCAGAGGACAACUGUUUUGCCCAUUUACUGCUCGCUAGUGAGGUUACAUCUGAGGUUCUGGAGGCAACACGGGUCACCCGCAGAAAGAGCAACAUGGCUCUGCGAUGGGAAGCAGGAAUCUAUGCUAACCAGGAGGAAGAUGAGGAGGAGGAAGAAUAAAGAAAAGAGAAGGAGCAAGAAGAAAAGAGAACAGACCCUGAGAGAAAAGAGAACCAUGAGUAUCUAUUCUGAAUUUAUACCACAGGAGCAAUUUACAGAGUCAAGGCACCGCACUAGAGCUUCUCCCACUCAACAGAGCCAAAGACGGUGUGGUCAUACAGUAGAACCUAAGGAAUAGCUUUCUCACUGAGAACUUAUGCAACAAUAGUUUGCAUCAGAUAUCCAAAUCCUACAGUGCUUUCCGUUCUUUCCUAACUUUCAACCCUGUUUUUUUCCAUAAUGGAUGGCUGCAGUAUGUUGGGAAAUGUGUGAAGACCAAGGUUAUAGUGAUUUUUGGAAUUAUUUCCAUUUUUUACUGUUGGGUGUUGAUUUCAUGAAUGGACACUGAAUUGGCAUUUCCACGUGAUCCAUGUUGUUUGUGGAAUUUAAUGUAUUUUAAAUAAGAAUUUGGGGUGUGAAGAUGUGACAGAUAAAGACAAAAUAAGUCUGAUACAUUGAGAUAAUUAAGUGAAAUUGACAUUUUCAUUUAGACUGCAGCCCUUGAUUUAGAAGUGAGGAAAUAGAAUUUGCUGUGAAAAAUUGUACUAGGGAUUAGUUCCAUAUCAACCAAUUGUUUGAUGUUUGAAUGUGAUGGCAUUUCCUAUGAGUAUUGGACUUUGCAAUGCGGUUCAAAUAUGCUCUGUACAUAAUUUGCAUAUUGGAUAGAAAUAAAGAACGCAGUAAGAACUCUAUUGAGAAAUGAAACAUGAAGGUAGGGAACAGAAUCCUUGGCUGGGAUACUUUGAGAAGUACUUUUUAAAGACCAUGUGGAAUAUCAGGCAAUAAUGAACAGGUUAUUGAAAUGCACAAUGGUUUUCAGCCAAUAAAAUAUCACAGUACAGCACAGAAGCAUUGGUAUAUUGCAGACAGUUUAGGAAACGGCCUUUCUAAAAGCUGCUCUUCAGCAACUAGUCCAUUCUUCACUGACGAAAGGAGGCAGGUAGAGAAAAAAAGGCUGCAGGUCAAUGCAGCCGGUGAUGGCUAGCAGGCCUGUGAUGGCUAGCAGGCUAUGACACUGGCUACCUGCAGAAGUACUUGAAAACGGCUUGCAGUGUUUCAAUCUGUUUGAAAUCAAUUGAUAUAUGACUGAUAUGUGCAUUUAUCCCUAAAGCCAUAGGCGUGGUUUGGGGGCGGGGGAUAUCCCCCCCAAUUAUUCCUGCUCACACACUACUCAUAUAAUGCCUUAGGUUGGGUGGUGUGAGCCAUGUCCUCCCAAAGUUUAAAUCAAACCUAUGACACUGCCUAAAGCUAAUGUCAUUUUGCAUUGUUGUCCUUUAAUACUUUAAAACUUGGCUAUCGUGUAUAAUUUUACUGUUAUGUUGAGCAUUUCAGGGAGCAUAUUAUAAGGAGAGCGCAACAGAUAAGGGUGUUGUAAGAUUUUAAGGGUGUUGCAAGGUUUUGAAAGUUAUUUUUAGCUUGUGUAAAUUAGCAGCACUACCAGUGAUUGGUGUUUAGUUUGUUGUUGCUGUUGUUUUUCUUACAGUUAUCGUGCUGUAUCUUGGUUUUAUAUAAGCAAACGUUAAGACACGUGGGGUAGUCAGCACUAGUUUGCAACACAAUGCGCCAAUGAUAGAUGGAUUCAUUACUUUAAAACACUUGAACUUCAAGCAGUUCAGUCAAUCCUCUCAUAAAUUUAAAGUCUUUAAUAAGUAAACAUUUUAUUAUUGAGAUAUAUUGUCUGUUUUUCUUUGUACUGUGUAUUGACAUCAAUUUAAGUGAUUUGAUUAGAAUGUAUAAAUCCAAUACAGUGAAAUAACAUUGUUUAAUUAUUAUAUAGGGGCUUUGUGGAUAAUUAUACACAAAUGAAUGGCUGAAAAGUGGGAAUGAACUUGCUGCUUGUAUAUUAUUUUGUUUAUGUCAUUCAAAUCACUGGCAAACAACAGCAAUGUGAAGCAAGAGUUAGAUCUGGUACUCUUUCAAAUCAGUAGUGGACAUGCCUUCAAUAACAAACCCAAAGUGGGAAACUGCAGUGUCCUUGGGCAAAUGUUUGGAAGCUCCUCCUAUAAUUCUGGUUUUGCCUUUGACCUGAGGCCUUUUUCAGCCCACAAACAAUGAAACUAAUGAUCUUAGCUCUGAAGGUUAUGUCUUUUAGACAAUCAGAAAUUAUCUUUCAGUUUUUUAUUUGCAUAUCAUUUGUAACUUUAAAGUAUUUAAUGGACAUGUCCUUGUAUAAGUGCUUGUACUUUCUGGAUUAGAAUGGCAAAAGACAAACUUACCCUCUUCUUUAAGGCUGUGCCGUAUGAUGCAAAAAAAAAAAGAAAAAAAAAGACAGGACAAAAGACAGGACAAAAAUUUGUACUAAAGUGACAUUGUUGAUUCAAUGGUUAUGGGUUUUCAGAUGUUUUUCAUUUGGUGUUCAACACCUAUAUGAAAAAGAUGAUUUUGCAGGAAUUUACUGAAUUUAUUUAAUGGAUCAUUACAGUAUGGUUAUAAUGACAUGUUUGUGGAAUUUUAAAUUGAGCGAGUGUGCAGUAAUAUUCUUAUUGUAGAGGUCAAAACUGACAAAACAGAUUAAGCAAUGAACAUCAGUUAUUUCUGAUAUGGGACAAGAUUUGUAUUCAGAUUAUUUGAUGUGUUAUAUGACUUGGUUAGUAGACAAAUAUUUUGAAUAUUGUAUUGGGGGAAAUAUUUUUAUGUGUGCAGUGAACUAUUUGCAGUGUGUCUACAAAUGGGGGAAAUAGUUUUAUGGAUGCUGACAUUUUAAUACCAUGUAUGUGCAUUUAUGCAAGUAAUAGUCUGUACUUCAUUUUUUUAUGUGUGCUUGCAUGUGUCCCUGCAUGUGUGGGUGUGUGUAUUUGUAUGUGCAUGCGUGCACAUGUUUGUGUAACUUUUUUAGGGACAUGUCCUUAGUAAGCAACUUUUAGAAUUCAAGAAAUAUAUGAAGUUAAAAGAGGUGGACGGAGCUUGUCUGUGUGCUAAUAAAUGGCCAUAUAUAUUUGCGAAGUUUUGAACAAUCAAGUAUUUCUACUUUACAUACAGAAAAACACAUAUAAUGCAAUGUCAUUCAAGCUUUCAGUAUGUUCAUUGCAGUUCUGAGUGGUUUAGUAUUAUGACACUAGAUGUCAAAUUGUUUUUUCCAAAGAAUGUUCUUCCAGAGUGUCAGAAUUCUCUAAAAAUGAUAAUCUUUACCUUAUUAUGACACAAGGCUAAUUUAUGAAAACAAUUUAAGAAGGUGUAAUAUAAUAGAAUAUGGCACUGGUAAGAUCGGAGGAAGCCAUAAAGGGGCAGAUAAGUGGUAAAAUAUAUAAAAUUCCUAGCAGGAAAUUUUGAUUGCACAGUUGAUUUCAUGGGUUCCAACAAUAGUACAACAGAUUAGUAAUUACUUACCUUUCCUUUUUUAUAACCUAUGAUAUUUUUGUUAGAUGAAAAUCUCUACAUCAAAAUGAAAUCUGUCAGUAGAGCUAGAUAUAGUCAAAACUGUAGAAAAUUAGUAACCAGUGAAAUAAUUAAAUGUACACCUCAGUCUAGAGCUAAAAAUAGCACAUCCAGCACUUGUCCAUACAGAAUAACACACACCAAAAUGUGAUGGAGUGUGCAGUACCUGACAGUCUAAUUUGUUUUCAAUGCAAAGUUAAAACCCUGUUUGCAAAGAUGUUCUUCAAAUUUCGAAGCCACAGAUUAACACCUUGCUAACUGUGGGAAAUACCAAAGCAAUUUGGAAAUGGCAGUGAUGCGCUCAUAUUUUUCCUUUUUUUUAAACCCUUGUUAAUAUGUUAACCACUCACUGUAUGUUAAUAUAUUCUGCUUAUGUUGUUUUAUAGUAAUUGAGUAAUUGUAUGGCUCACACUUAUACAUAUAAUUAUUUUCUCAUUAAAAGAAAAAUACACAA